GGGGCCCGUGUUUGGCUGCGGGACAAAGAGCUGCUCCUCCCUGCUACUGUCAGCUCCCGUUCCCACGACGACCUGGUCCUUACAACCGACUACGGAGAGGUGAUGUACCUGCAGCAGGGGGAGCUGAGCAGAGACCAGGUGUUUCCUAUGCACCUCACCAGUAUUAAUGGAGUAGAGGACAUGUCUUCUCUGGCAGAGCUACAUGAAGCUGCCAUCAUGUACAACCUUUACCUACGCUACCAGAAGGACUGCAUCUAUACCAACAUAGGCUCUAUCCUAGCAGCGGUGAACCCCUAUAAGCAGAUCUCAGGUCUGUACGACCCAGCAGCAGUAGACCUGUAUAGUAGACACCACCUGGGAGAGCUGCCCCCUCAUAUCUUCGCUGUGGCCAACGAGUGUUACCGCUGUCUCUGGAAGAGACACGACAGCCAGUGUGUUCUCAUCAGUGUAGAGUCAGGAGCAGGGAAGACAGAGAGUACCAAGCUGCUGCUCCAGUUCCUAUCUGUGAUGUCCCAGAACUCUGCCGGGACACCCCAGUCUGAGAGGAGCAUCCGUGUGGAGCAGGCCAUUAUACAGAGCAGCCCCAUCAUGGAGGCGUUUGGGAAUGCCAAGACGGUGUACAACAACAACUCUUCCCGCUUUGGGAAGUUUAUCCAGCUCCACUUCUCCCAGAGUGGGAACAUCCAUGGAGGCUGCAUCAUAGACUAUUUACUUGAAAAGAACCGUGUGGUGAGACAGAACCCUGGAGAGAGGAACUAUCAUAUCUUCUAUGCUCUGCUGGCCGGGGCCGACAAGAACCACAGAGGUUGUAACCUUCCUGUAGAGACUCCUACACUAGAGGACAGUGAUAACACAGCAUCCUAA